AGGAUAAUGUUAUUACGAAAUAACACUCUGAGGAUCAUCAACUCCAGUCGCUCUGACGAGGGGACUAUGUAUGUCGAGCUGAGAAUCAGUUUGGUUCGGCUGAGAUGACGGCCAUGCUCCGGGUAAAAGAGGCCAUGCGUGUGGAAUUGAGCCCCUGCAAAGUGGAGGUGACGGUGGGGGAGAGCGUGGUGCUCAGCUGUAAGGUGUCACAUGACCCAUCUCUGGAAGUGGGCUUCCAGUGGCUCCUCAACCAGCAGCCCCUCAACUUCCAACAGGAGGGCGGACAUUUUGAAUACAUCCAAAGACAGUCCUCCACGGUGGACCUGAUGAUCAGAAGCAUCUUACUGCAGCAUGCUGGGAAAUACAGCUGCCGGGCUCAGACCAGCGCCGACACUUUGUUUGCUGAGGCUGAAGUCCUUGUCAGAGGUGAGCUCAUUAAUCUCUCAAGUCGACAGCAGGAACAUGGGGCAUUUGGGAAGCAGCCCGAACCUAAGCCCUGUGAUAAACUAAACUAUCAGGGGGAUGAGAAAAAGCUAACUGUGGAUCAGUAG